AUGACCUGUGAGCAUAUUGAUACUCUUGAUAUUUUACCACCUAAAUGGUGGAGCAAGUGGGAGGCGCGACAGUAUAAAUUUACCGAGGAUGGUAAGCCAAUAAACCGUGAAUAUUUCCGAUCUUGGGAUGAUCGGUUUGAAGAUAGCGUGGAACAGCCUAGGCGAGCUAAGGGGAUCCCGUCGUUUGAUGCAGGGGAGGGAGACGCUUUCUUCGACAUGUUACGGCAUAUGCUCUCAUUCAAACCCGAGGAUCGUCCUACUACCAAGCAAAUUCUCGAGUCGGAAUGCAUGGUGAAAUGGGCUCUGCCUGACUAUCGCAAGAUCCAAAAUAAUGUAUGA